AAUGAAAACAGAGUGAGGAGGUGAGAGAAACUGAGACAGAGCGAAAGAGAGAGAGAGAGAGAGAGAGAAGGGGAGAGACCCUCUGCAGCUCCAGCUCUUGUUAUUUUAACCCAGAUUCAGCACUGAAAUAUGGCCACCAUGUGGACCCUCUCAAGAAGUGUGGCUCCAGUGUCGACCCAGCCAAUCAGAGAAGACGUAGCAGCCCAGGGGGAGGGACAUGGGGAAGGGUUUUCAGGAGCCGGAGUCUGAGAGAGGCAUUAAAAGUGUGUGAGCAGAGGAGGAGAGUCAGGGCAACUGAAGCCACAUCUCCAGGACAGCUGGACUAUCCACAAACCAAUGGAGACAGGUGUGUCUGAUGUGACGCCAGCGGGCUGGCUCAGGGAACACAACUUCAAUACGAUGUAGACACCAAAUAAACACACAGAAUAAGAGUCUGUACACCGAGCCGAUAGAAGGAGGGUGAGUUCAAGGAGGAGGAACAACAGCUGUGCUGAAACGACACCAACAGAAGAUAAGAAGUCAAAGAAAGAGAGAGAAGCGGCAGACUGUGAAUCAUUGACCUGAACUUUUCUGUGUCACCUACUCCCUCCUGUCAAGUGCUCACUCGCUCUUACAUCUCCGCCGGAGAAGGAUCACCACCUCAGCUCUCUGUGUUUUGAGAGCGUCCAACCGAAAAUCCACCUCUUCACCUCUCAGCAACGUUGAAAAUCUGAACAGAGGGACACUCCAGCCACCGUCAGCAUGUGCCAUGUCAUUGUCACCUGCCGCUCUAUGCUGUGGACUCUGCUGAGUAUUGUAGCCGCGUUUGGAGAGCUCAUCGCCUUCAUGAGCACUGACUGGCUGGUGGGUUUCCCCCGCACACCUGAUGCUGUUUAUGGCCCCCAUGGGGCCACCACAGCCGGAGAGGCCUACAGGCCCACUUUAGGCAUCUACGGUCGCUGUAUAAAACUGCCCCAUCAUCAGCGAGGAAUACUGUGCGGACCGUAUGCGGUACACUUUGGGGAGAUUGCCAGCGGGUUCUGGCAGGCUACUUCUAUCUUCCUGGCUGCAGGGAUCCUGCUGCUCUGUGCUGUGGCGUUCAUCUCGGUGUUCACCAUGUGCUUCCAGAGCAUUAUGAAGAAGAGCAUUUUCAACGUGUGUGGACUGCUGCAAGGGAUCGCAGGUCUGUUCCUGAUCCUGGGUCUGAUGUUGUACCCCGCUGGCUGGGGCUCAGACAAAGUCCAGCUGUACUGCGGCCAUGACGCCGCUCCAUACCGGGCCGGUCUCUGCUCCAUGGGCUGGGCCUUCUACACUGCCAUGGGCGGCACGGUGCUCACCUUCAUCUGUGCCGUCUUCUCCGCGCAGGCCGAGAUCGCCACCUCCAGCGACAAAGUCCAGGAGGAGAUCGAGGAGGGCAAGAGCCUGAUCUGCCUCCUCUGAGCCUCAGAUACUUUUUUCCAGAAAGAGAAGGAAGAAGAAGAAGAAGAAGAAGAGCGAAAGAGAGACAGGCCAAUAAUGAUCAACACCUGCCUUUUUGCAUUUUUCUCCUGAGGCCGGCCUGUGGAAGAGAGGCGCCUGCAUUGUUUACCACUAAGACUGACUCUUAUUUUUGUCUCUGUUUUGUGUUUAUGUGGGAAAAAUCUACAAGUGCCAAGUUUUUUUUUUCCUCAACGUGUGUUUGUGUGUGUCUCUUUCUGCCACUAGAGGUGCUGUGUCUGUUAUUGUAUUCAUGUUUAAAAAAAAAAAAAAAGCAUGUGGAGAGGCUUCGUCCGUCACCACCUGUCCUGUAAAUACGUGUGAUUAUAUAUAUAUUGUACAUAGUAAUGAUUGCAGAUUUGAUGGUCAGCUUGAUCCAGGCUGCGCUGAUGAUGUCACUCUUGCCUUGUUAAGAAAAAAAAAAGGAAAAAAAAGAAGAAGAAGAAGAAGAAAAAACACACACACUGGUGUUUCUGUUUCCAGACGACCACGACCAGCAAAGCAAACCUGGAUCUUCUUUUCUUUUUUUUUUAUCUGUUUGCUAUGUGUGAGUAUUAACUCAACAAGGGAACCACUACUCAGUCAGAAUAAACUACUCACAGAAUAAACAGGCUCAGCUCAGAGUGGAUGUCCUUUUUUUUUUUUUUUUUUUUUUGUUGUUAAAGCUUGCAGAUUGUACUGUCAUUUGAAUGAUUCAUGUGUUUGCAGACCCUUGAAAUGUAUCUUCACGGAGGGGACGUGAGCGGAGGACACAAAGCGAUGCGAGCUCUGUGGUGCAUUUUAUUUUGUAACAUGAAGUGAGCUUAAAUCCUAAGCCUAAAAAGCUGAAAGAUGACCUUAUGAAGGGGUCUCUCUCUUAACCCCGCGGGGGUCUUCGUUCUCAUUCAAGCAGACAUCCUGUAAUCUGUGCACAAAGACGUGGACUGAAUGAUGAGGACGCACAUUAUUGAAGUAUUGCUGUUAUUAGUAAUGUCUGGUUUCAGGGAGUGGAGUCUGUGGAGUCAUAGAUAGUGUGUCCUAUCUAUUCCCAUUUGUUUUUGCCAAAUGAAUAAAAAGAGAAGGGAAAAAA